AUUCCUCCAACUCACUGCACCGUAAAAUCGUUAUAUCUCCACCAAUUCUAUAUCCCCAAAAAUCUUUCUAAAAUUUGAACGAUCCGUCUCUGUCUCAGUCGGAUCGACUCAACCCCCUCUUAUUGGAUUCCAAGCAGCUGUUCACGUCUCGUUUGUCACGAUAAACAUAUCCGUCGCGUAAAGGCCAUCGAGAGAGUCUCUCCUUCUACCGACCUUCUUCUCCUUCUCCUCACUCUCUCCUACUUGGGUCCCCCGUGGCACACAGGUGUACUGGACGGCGUUCCUCGGCCUCCAUACGCUUUCAGUUAACGCCUGGUCGUCGCUAGGUAUGCCGGCUCCCUCGUGGAUACUGCCAGUUUGCCUGUGAUCCGUUUCACCUGGCUUCGUGACCUGGCUUUGUCUCGAUCAUCUCAAUCAUCCUCGCGUCGAUAUUUCUUUCUUUCUUUCUUUCUUUUCUCUCUCUCUUUUUCUUUUUCUUUUCUCGGUGGAACUCGGUAGUUUUUGUGAGUGAUUGGGACGGAAGAGGAAACGUGGGAGAAACUUUUAUGUUUAUUUAUGAAACUAAGUGGGUGGCUGGCUCGUGGGAGUUUGACUCAUCGGUGUAUUCUUUUUUUGGAUGAUCCGAGCCACCGAGGCGUGAGUGUCUACGCGAGUAACAGUUUUCCGGCUCGGUUCCUAAAACUUUCACGGCCCGGGCCCGACAACUUCGUGAGAGAUUGUCUUCUCGUAUAUAGGGAACGAGAGCUGAUGAAUAGCGAACGGAAGUCGAUCGUCUCGUCGGAUCGGAAGCUGUGAACCUAGAACGUUCUCACGAUUCACGAAGGUGAAACGAUGCGGUGAUACCCGAGGAACCCCGCCUCAACACCCGUACAUAUCAAUUCAUAUCUGUGCCCGAUAAACAUCGCCAAACAUCAAUCGACCAAUCAAACGAAGCAUAUCGAAACGCAAUGAAGAGCCAACGAUGAUCGAAUCGCGGCCAAGGCAUAUCAGGCGUCGAUCAAGCGUGAUCGGCCAGACUGUUCAACCCACUCUAUCCUAACCAGAGACCUGUCCAUAAACCUUGCACCACACCGAUCGACGACCAAUUGAAUCAACCUUGGUCCAACCACCUCACCCCCACCACGUCCCCGUAUCACCACGUCCAAUCAGAAAUCAACGGAGAGAAGCAAAUAGAAGGAAGGAUGUUGCUGAGGUAACGCGGCCUCUCGAGCCGGGGUUAAGAAUCGAUCGUUAAAUCGAACCGUGCUCGAACAACGAAGGGGAUACCAGGUGGCGGAUCGCAUAGUGGAUUCGCAUAGGGCGAGAUCCAGAGUGAAGGAUGGGUUUCCCCAGGAGGAGAUCCCUGUGGUUGAAGGUGGCCAUCCUGGCCACCGCGGUUUGGGCGACCGUGUGCUUCCUCUUGUACACGGAGGAUCGUGCCAACGCGGCUGUUCAAGGGUUGGCGCCGUCAGGCGUCGCGGCGCCCCAAAUGGCCAACGGUUUCGUGCCCGCAGCCGCGCCUCUCAGAAAAGAGACGCCGCUCAACGUGCAACCGAAGCCAAAGGUGAUUCAAGCUGGACCCGAGCAAGGUGCUGGUGUGCUUGUUGCUCCCCGUGAACCAGAUGCAAGCGCACCUGGCGAGAUGGGAAAGCCAGUAAUUCUGCCAACGAAUUUGACUGCCGAAACUAAAAAACUUGUCGACGAUGGAUGGCUAAACAACGCGUUCAAUCAGUACGUUAGCGAUCUGAUUUCUGUUCAUAGAACACUGCCCGACCCUCGUGAUCCAUGGUGUAAAGAACCAGGAAGGUACCUGACAGAUCUUCCUCCAACAGCGGUGAUAAUUUGCUUCCAUAACGAAGCCUGGUCGGUGUUGCUGAGGACGGUCCAUUCCGUGCUGGACAGAUCACCGGACCACCUUAUACAGGAGAUCAUCCUGGUAGAUGAUUUCUCCGACAUGCCGCAUCUCCAGCGUCAAUUGGAGGACUACAUGAUGAACUACCCGAAAGUGCAGAUCAUUAGGGCGCAAAAACGGGAAGGUCUUAUCAGAGCUCGUUUACUGGGCGCUGCAGCCGCGAAGGCCCCUGUCCUCACAUAUUUGGACAGCCAUUGCGAGUGCACCGAGGGUUGGCUCGAGCCCCUUCUCGAUCGGAUCGCUCGUAAUCCAACGACAGUCGUUUGCCCCGUGAUCGAUGUGAUCGACGAUACAACGCUGGAAUAUCAUUGGAGAGAUUCCGGCGGUGUGAACGUGGGUGGAUUCGAUUGGAAUCUGCAGUUCAAUUGGCACGCGGUUCCGGAGAGGGAGAAGAAGAGACACAAGAAUCCAGCGGAGCCUGUGUGGUCACCAACGAUGGCUGGAGGCCUUUUCUCGAUAGAUCGAGCUUUCUUUGAACGUCUCGGCACGUACGACAGCGGGUUUGAUAUUUGGGGUGGCGAAAAUCUCGAGCUCUCCUUCAAAACGUGGAUGUGCGGAGGCACCCUGGAAAUCGUGCCCUGCUCACACGUGGGACACAUCUUCCGGAAACGGUCGCCGUACAAGUGGCGGAGCGGCGUGAACGUGCUCAAGAGGAACAGCAUAAGGUUGAGCGAGGUGUGGCUGGACGAGUAUGCCAAGUACUACUACCAGAGGAUAGGUCACGACAAGGGCAAAUACGGGGACGUAUCAGAGAGGAAGGCGCUGAGGAAAAGGCUCGGCUGCAAAUCGUUCAAGUGGUACCUGGACAACGUCUAUCCGGAGCUGUUCAUACCUGGCGAGGCGGUGGCUUCCGGCGAGGUUCGUAAUCUUGGAGAAGGAGGUAACACCUGUCUGGAUUCACCGGCACGCAAGGCAGACUUGCACAAGCCUGCCGGCCUCUACCCCUGCCAUCGACAGGGUGGAAAUCAGUACUGGAUGUUGAGCAAGACCGGUGAGAUCCGUCGAGACGAGUCGUGCUUGGAUUACAGCGGCACCGAUGUCAUCCUCUAUCCUUGUCACGGUAGCAAGGGGAAUCAACAAUGGAUUUAUAAUCCUCAGACGAAGCAGAUCAGACACGGAAGUAGCGACAAGUGUCUGGCAAUAACGGAGAGCAAGCAACGGUUGAUCAUGGAGGAGUGUUCAUCCUCGGCAGCGAGGCAAAGGUGGUCGUUCGAGAACUACGAUCCAUCGAAGCUGUGAUAUCGCGCUUUUUCGCGUCACCAGUCGAAAAACAUCGCACGAAGAUACGAUCGCACCGGCUCUUGGGUAUCUGUUCAACGUUACUCCAUCGCCAAGACGCGUUUCGGUAGAUAGAUGGCGUGGUAUCGAGGCAUGGAAGCCUCGAAACGCCAUCUGUCGGACGCUCGAGAUCGACUGGAAGACGAGAGAGAGAGAGAGCUGGUCGAGGAAAGUUUCGAGAGAGAAGAGGAAGAGAGACGUUCGAAUGGCCUAUAUUUGGCUGUAAUCUCGAACUGUUGGAUGGACGUAGUGCAAUAGAAACGUCGUUUCAAAGGUGAUCGAGGAGGGAUAUGAUACCCUUGGAUAAGCUGUGACCAGUGUACAAUGACACUUGAAGAGUGAUCGAGGAAGACGCUUUCGCUGGCAUUGAAGAAUUGAGGGUUUUACGAGAAGCAAAGGACUUGUUUAGACUUUUUAAUCUUUAUUUCUGCUUUUGGGUAGUGUUUCAAUGGGACUCGUAUCUUUUUCCUUUCUCCUUUUUCUCAAUUUCGGUUGGGAUACAUGUUGAUGAUUGCUGUUCUGAGGUGUCGCUUGUAAUUAUUUAAAUGGUCUCAAUUUUCUUGGUUAUUUAUAUAUGAGUGAUUUAAUGUGGAAAUUGUGGUUUAAAUGUGAGAUAGUUAAUAACGGAUAUAAUGUUGAGGAUUUUUAAUUUGAAUUGAAAAUCUAAAGAAUAGUUGAAUGCUAGGAAGAGAGUUAUGCAAGGAAAAUAAAAAUUAGCAUUUAACUUUAAAAAAAAAUGAUAGAAAUAUUUUUAUAUUUAAGAAGAAGUAAAUAGAUUGUUUUAGAAUCUGACUUUAUGAUUAGAAAAAAUCAAAAAAUAAUUUUAAGAAAUUAAUUUUCUUUAAUAAUUUUAUUAAUAAUAUUUCUUAAACAUAUUUGAAUAUUCUGUACCUAACAGAUUAAUCGUAGAUUACAGAAUAAUCAUAAGAUAAGUAAAUUUAUAUAUUAAACAAAUAAUUUUCAAGAUUAGAAAGAUUAAUUUUCUGACAAAUAUUUUAUAAUAUGUAAAUACUAAAAGACUCAUCAACAUUCCAAAACUAAGAUUACUAUAAAUAUGAUUAAACUAUUAAAAUAAUUACAAGCGAUUAUUCUUCUAAUAAUAGAUGAUAGAAUCGUUAAAUAAUUGGAUUAAUUAAGUGUAAUGAUUACGUAUACGAUAAUCGCGCAAGUACUUACGAAUCGAAACAAAUGUUCGAUAUAGUUGUAAUUUUAAGUGUAACUAUUAAGUGGCAACAUCAAUGCGUCAAUGACAGCGAAAAGCGCGUUAUAUAAACGGACGAACGCGGCCGAAUCGAUCUCCACGAGAGCCUCGAUCGUCGCUUUCAUCCGUAAAUCCGUUGUUUUAAGGUGGAUCGAACGAUUUCUAUAAGCUGCUUAGGGCGUGUGCCAUCUCAGAAACGACAUGGUAUUUCAGUUUCAAUGGAAAAUGACGAAUCGUUGAUUGCGAAUAACGAAACGAGAGUUUAUCGUUCUUAUAAAUUGAAUGAUAAACUGGUAGUGUGAACAGAAUUAUUUAUUUUAAUAAGACAUUGAUCCUUUGCUUGAAUAUUUUUUAUAUCGAAAGGAAAUAGUUAUA